UUGAACUAAAUGUGAAUCCCCUCAAAUGUGUGCUGUCUUAAAUUUGUACGCGCUUUUAAGGUGAAGCACACUGACUGAUAUUUCACUUCGAGCGAAUGUUUGGUAAAAUGGCUGACAUUUUUGUAAAGUUAUUUAAAUGUUUAAUGUGGAUAGUCCUGAUAACCUUAAGUGUGCAAUCUGUUGUCUUGGCUGAGAAGAAAUGUGUACAGACAAUAUGCGAUAACGGUAGCUGUUGCGACAGAAGCGGCAAUGUGACAGCUGCAGUUAAACCGUGUUGCUGCACGAGGAAGCCAAGCGGUUCCUCUAUAUUCUGUACACGUUCUAGCCAUUCAUCAUUGGCCUGGUAUUGGAUUGUGCUGAUUUUGGGUAUUAUUGCUAUCACCACUGGUGUAGUGGGAUUCCUCAUCUUCAGACGACGAAGACGUGCCUAUGCUUCCAUGUAGUUUGAACGUUUCAAGACUUUCAUAAGAUUACAGAAGGGCUGCCAAAACCUAAUCCAAAGAUAUAAUAAAACUUCACCAGAGCAACUCCCAACUCUACCACAGAACACCCACAAAUUACCACGGAACACCCUUGAAUUAUAACAGGACAGCCAAGAACUAUCACAGAUUUAGCACAGAACCCACACAACCUACCAUGGACCACCAGGAGAAUCAAGAGCUAUCCCGGACCAGGACUCUUACAAAUUAGCCCUGAAAUACAACAAGAAGCACCAUCGAACACAACAUGACUACCACUGGACACCAAGUUUAUCUUACUCUUAAGACUACAUCGCGGUACUCAAAAUACACAAUGCUCAAGGAAUUUCCCUAAAAUACUUACCAGUAAUCUCAGGACAGAUGCAUGGCUACUCAGUGACACCCCAAAUAUUCAAAAUAAUGCAAUUUUGUAACAUUUUUAUUAUGUGUGAUAUUUAUAUUUAGCAUCAAAUGCGUUUCUGCUUGUUAUGAUUUAAGUUUUAGUUUUAUAAUGAGUUUUAGAUCGUUAAUCGAAUAUUUAUAAAAAUAAGGAAAUAUAGAAUUAAUAUUUACAUUUUAUAUGUUGAUUAAUAUUUUUAUUCAUUUGCAAUAUCGAACAUUUUUGUGAAGUGUGUGUAAAUAAUGUAUGGGUAAACCAUUUGUGCUUAAAUCAUUUUUAAAAGGACAAACAAACAAAAAUUAUACUGAUCUUCAGCCAUAUUCAGAUUACAAUAAACACAUUUUCUAUCAUCUCUUUGUAUCAUCUCUAAAGCCAAUCCAUGGGCUGAACAACGUUAUCUUCUAACAGCAUAUCUAUUAUAUUCAUUAGUGACACAAUCAAUAUUUUUUUAAUAAAAAGCUUGUUUUUUA